AGGGCGCUUUCUUUUUUGUGGAUAAUUUGUGACAUGUGUACGUACGUGUGUGUAUACGUUGUGUUUUGGUUGUUUGAAUCAAUGUGUGGCCAGCCUGUUUCUUAUCUAUGAUCCAUGGAUUCGCUUCAAGUACCUCGCUAUUUCCCAUUGGCGAUAAGAGAGUCCGUUUUCAUUCGGCCCGUGAAGGAGACGGACGCCAGUGCCUUGUUUGAUGCUGUGGAUCAAAGCCGAGCCAGCCUCAGCCUAUAUCUACCCUGGGUCACCGCGGUAAAGAAGGUUGAAGAUUCAGCAAGUUUCAUCAAAUCAGCGAUGGCUCAUGAAGCUUCUGGCAAUGGUCUGCAUUGUGUGAUUUAUGAUGCCAAUCAGCACGGAUCACUGGAAGUCUUUGGUGUUGUUUCUCUGAGAACCAUCAAUGUCCCAACCGAGACGGCAGAUAUUGGGUACUGGUUACGAGAGGAUAAGGUAGGCAAGGGAUUGUGUACCAUGAGCUGUAAGAAGCUUAUUGAGUAUGGUCAGGCCAUUGGUAUCGAGCACUUUGAAAUCCACGUAGCCACUAAUAAUGAUAUGAGUGCAGCUAUCCCUAGGCGUCUUGGCUUCCAAAAGCAACCAGGUAAAAUCACAGGUGCAGAGACGAUUAACAAUGAAGUGGUCGAUCAUCAUGUUUACUUGUUAGAACCAAACAGUACUCAAGAUUCACCGGCAACUAACGAUGGAAAUGUUAAAUGAUUUCUUCUCCUCGUUGGUGUUGUGGGUCUUAAAUUUCCAGAGCAGCAGUCAGUCUUGAAGAAGAAGCAUGUUCUGCUUGUUACUGGUGGUUGGAAUCAGACGUGGUGUGAUUAGUCACUUAUGACGCGGCACAGAAAAUGCAGAUUGACCUGAGUGUAGCUCGCGCCGUCGACAAAGAAGCAUUUAUAAUCUAUGCGAUAGACAUCUCAUUUAUGUCCACUCUAAAUCAACAAUAUGGCAUCUUUGUAAAGUCGUUUUUCAAAUAAAACAUUUAUUAUAAAAGCAUCUAAAAAAUGAUAGAGGUAAUACAAAUACUUUACAAUACGGUAUCAUUGCUAACUUUAUACAUUAAAAAAUAUGUAAAAUUUUGUUUGUAUUGGAACUCAAUGUUCAUCUAUCAAAAAAUAUUUGAUAAAGCCACUAGUGUAGUGCUAAAUGUCACUGAACUAUUCGUGAGUUUGUUCUCCAUUUUUUUCCCAUAUGUUGGAAUUGGUAAAAUUAACGUCUUUACUGAUGUGAAUUUUAAUAUUUUGACUUAAAGGCAGUGGACACUAUUGGUAGUUACUCAAAAUAAUUAUUAGCAUAA